AUGAGGCUACCGAAUCGUUCUCCCCCGAUCCUGCGGAUCGCCAAUGGCACCUUCUACCGCCGCCACCCAAACGCGCACUCGACGCAACCGAACCCGCCGCUUUUCAGCGACCUGAGCUUCGAGCUGCCGUCCUUCGCCGAGACCAAGAACCACUGGUGCAUCGUCGGGCCCUCGCUUUCGGGCAAGACGACGCUGCUGCAGGUUCUGCGGGGCCAGCACCUCGCGAUUCCGCCGACAUCGCGGGCGUACCCGUACCUUUCGACCGACAAGGCACCGGCGCGGCUGCGGAGCGCGAACCGGGCGAUUCAGUACGUCGGUUUCGAUGGUGAACAAGGCGGGGCGCUGGGCGGGCCAACGACGAGCGCGUAUCUCGCGGCGCGGUACGAGUCGAGGAGGGAGAACACGGAUUUCUCGCUGCGGGACUUUCUGGUGGGCAACACAGAGCUGAACCCGCUCGAGACUUUGCCUGGCGAGGAGAACCUGAUACCGAGGGAGCUUCUGGAGAGGGUCGUCACGGACCUGCGGCUGGACCCGCUCCUCGAUCUGCCUGUAGCCUUCCUGAGCAACGGGCAGGGGAGGAGGGCGCGCAUCGCGAGGGCGCUGUUGACGACGCCCGAGGUUCUGCUGCUAGACGAGCCGUUCAUGGGGCUCGACCCGCCUACCGUUGCGUCGUUGAGCCCGCUGCUCCAGUCGCUGGCCGAGCGGCAGAGCCCCAGGCUGGUCCUCAGCGCGAGGCCCCAGGAUCCUCUGCCCGAUUGGAUCACGCACCUGAUCUACCUCCGCAGCGACUGCCAGAUCGGCUCAAUGGGCCCCAAGGACAUGGUGCUGGAAGGCUUCAGGAAGUAUGUCAGGGGCGUGUGGAAAGGAGGGCUGCAGGAGGACGAGAAGCUCCCCGUGCACUCGCUCGUGGAGAUGGGCAAGGCCUUGACUACGAAUGGCGUCGAGGGCGAUGGGCUCUUUGAUUCGAACGAGAAGGGCCAGCAUGCCGCCGAGUCUGCGGCUGCGGUGGAGAACUCGCCUCCCCAGACGCCACUUGGCGAGCCCUUGGUCGAGAUGGACGGUUGCCAAGUGAGGUAUGGAAGCAAGAUCGCACUGGGCAACUGGUCUCAAGACACGCCAUCCGGCCCCAAGGACGGCCUCAUCUGGACAGUUCGUAGAGGAGAGCGAUGGGGCGUGUUCGGUCCAAACGGGUCGGGCAAGACCACCGUCGUCUCCCUUCUCUGUUCCGAUCACCCUCAGACGUACUCUCUCCCCAUCAAGCUGUUCGGCAGAAGUAGACUGCCCGAGCCUGGAUCCGGCCAACGGCCCCUCACGUUUUGGGACAUCCAGUCACGUAUUGGACACUCGAGCCCUGAGGUCCACCAGCACAUGCCCCGGGGUCUGACAGUACGGCAAGUACUGGAGAACGCGUGGGCGGACACGUUCAAGGGGAUCCCCAAGCUCGACGAUGAGGCACGAGGCAAGGUCGAAGCCACACUGCGCUGGUUUUCUCCUGAACUAAACCCGGGCCACAACAACAGUAUCGCCGUAGGCAGCAGCAGCAGCAGCAGCGACAACCUGUCCUGGUCCGACGCAUACCUCUUUGGCGGCCUCUCCUUCAGCGCCCAGCGCAUCGCUUUGCUGUUGCGGGCCGUUAUCAAGAACCCCGACGUGGUGGUGCUCGACGAGGCAUUCAGCGGCAUGGACGACGCGGUGCGGGACAAGUGCAUGCUCUUCCUGGCCAAGGGCGAGGAGAAGACGCACAGCGGCGAUCGGAUCGUGGACAGCGAGGCGGCCAAGGCGGGCGAAGUCAGGGUCAGGGGUCUGACGGAACAGCAGGCGUUGAUCUGCAUCAGCCACAUCAAGGAGGAGGUGCCGGACUGCGUGCGCGAGUGGAUAUGCCUGCCCGAGGCCAACGAGGGCCUUCCGGCGCGGUUUGGACAGUUUGACGGGCCGUUGAGGACGGACGAGAAGCGGUGGAGGGCGCUCUGGGGUGUGUAG